AUGGAGGGCCAGGGGGCCGGAGGGGAAGACCCGCCGGGAAAGGGCACCCCCAGGCGGGGUGGCAGCGGCGGGGGGCGUCCCUCGGAGGAGGAGAGUAAGAAUAAGCCCAAGCUGAAUCUACAGAUAAAAACUUUGGCAGAUGAUGUGAGGGACAGAUUAACUAGUUUUAGGAAAUCUGGAGUCAAAAAGGAGAGACUUCUUAUUCAGCACCCCAUCGACUCACAGGCCUCUAUAAUUGAAUUGCCAGUGCCUCAACCACUGUUUGAUGAACGUUCAAUGAAUUUAUCGGAAAAAGAAGUUAUGGACCUCUUUGAGAAAAUGAUGGAAGACAUGAAUCUAAAUGAAGAACGAAAAGCUCCUUUACGGAAUAAAGAUUUGACCACAAAACGUGAAAUGGUUGUCCAGUACAUUUCCGCAACUGCCAAAUCUAUAAUUGGAAGUAAAGUUCCGGGUGGCCUGAAAAACAGUAAACACGAGUGCACAUUGUCGUCGCAGGAAUAUGUCCACGAACUACGAUCAGGUAUCUCAGAAGAAAAGCUUCUCAACUGCUUAGAAUCUCUGCGGGUGUCUCUGACAAGCAAUCCAGUAAGUUGGGUUAACAAUUUCGGAGUACUUCCGGAGCCCGAAGAGGACCUACAGGAACUCUUUGAGGAACUAUUCUCUGUCAUUCAUAUCUCGCACAUUCUUCCCCCUCUCGUAUUCGAAUAUGUCACGGAGUUUCGGUUUAUGAAUAAUAAGUAUGGACUACAAAGAAUACUGGGAGAUGACCGAAGCCUUCUCUUACUGGCCAGAGCAAUUGACCCAAAGCAACCAAACAUGAUGACUGAAACAGUGAAAAUACUCUCUGCCAUUUGUAUCGUGGGAGAAGAAAACAUGCUCGACAAAAUUUUAGGAGCUAUAACAAUUGCAGCUGAGAGAAAUAAUGGAGAACGAUUUGCUAACAUAGUGGAGGGGCUUGAAAAUCACGAAGCUCUGCAAUUACAGGUUGCCUGCAUGCAGUUCAUAAACGCCCUUGUCACUUCUCCAGAAGAGCUUGAUUUUAGGGUACAUUUGAGAAAUGAAUUCCUGCGCUGCGGGCUAAAGAAAAUAUUACCAGACCUAAAAGAGAAGGAGAAUGAAGAACUUGAUAUUCAGUUGAAAGUAUUUGAUGAAAACAAAGAGGAAGACUUAAUUGAAUUAGCCCAUCGUCUCAAUGACAUCAAAGUGGAAAUGGAUGAUGUGAAUGAAGUUUACCACUUGUUGUAUAAUAUGUUGAGAGAAACAACAUCCGAAAACUACUUCCUAUCCAUUUUACAACAUUUUUUACUCAUUAGGAACGAUUAUUAUAUACGCCCUCAAUAUUACAAGAUAAUAGAAGAAUGUGUUUCACAGAUAGUAUUGCACUGUAGUGGUAUGGAUCCUGACUUCAAAUGUAGAGGAAGAUUGGAUGUAGACUUCACGCAUCUUGUGGACAGCUGUGUGAACAAAGCAAAAGUUGAAGAAAGUGAGCAAAAAGCUGCUGAUUUUUCCAAAAAGUUUGAUGAAGAAUUCACAGCUCGGCAGGAAGCCCAGGCUGAGCUUCAAAUGCGAGAGGAGAAAAUCCGACAACUUGAAGCUGAAAUCCAGCAGUUGCGAACCCAGGGUUCUGUAUCUUCAGGUGGUGGUCCUCCUCCUCCUCCUCCUCCACCACCCCCUCCUCCCUUGCCAGGUAGUAUGGUUCCUGUUGCCCCUCCUCCUCCUCCUCUACCACCACCACUACCCGGAGGUGGAGCACCUUCAGGCCCUCCACCGCCACCUCCUCCUCCUCCUAUGUUUGGUGGCCCACCACCACCACCACCACCUUUUGGUGGCAUUCCUUCUGUAGUAACUGCACCAGUGCUGCCUUUUGGGAUGAAGCCAAAGAAGAAGUACAGCCUGGAUGUAACUAUGAAGAGAAUCAACUGGGCAAAGGUUGAACCGCACGAAAUACAGGAACACUGUUUUUGGGUAAAAGCUAAGGAUGAAAAAUUCGAAAAUCCAGAUCUGUUUGCCAAACUGGCACUCACUUUUGCUACACAGAUGAAGGGUAAUUAUUUUUCUUUUUUUCCAAUGGUCAUUAAUGGACAUGUGGAUUGAUACUAAUAUUGUAUUAAUGAUGCCUUAGAGAUCAGUACACAA